CGCGAUCGCGCGGAUCCUCAGGUCCGCCCUCAGCGAUCCUCGCGAUGCGACUGUCGCACCCGUUACACGGUAGCCUGCUGCCACCAGGAAUCUGCUACACGUGCGACGUGUGCGGCAAGACUCUCUCCACGAAGCUCACCCUAAAGCGGCACAAAGAGCAGCAGCACUUUCAGCCCCUGAACAGCGCGGUCUGCGCGCUCUGCCACAAGGUGUUCAGGACGCUCAACAGCCUGAACAAUCACAAGAGCAUCUACCACCGUAGGCAGAAAUAGAAGUGAUUGCGCACGCGCGUGUCUUACGUGCCAAGAGACAUGACGAAACGAGCUUAAUAGACGCUUAAAAAAGGGAAAGGUUGCGCGCUGUUCGCGAACGGCCGCGCGA